AUUUUUCAGCGAGUCUGUUGAAUAAUGAAAGAAUUUGCCUGACAGGGUUUUGUAGUGUUUCCUCUUCUUGAUGAAUUAUUGCAGAGGAUAGACGACAGUCUUUUGUUGAAAAUGCAUUGGAAUGACUCGUCCAAUUCCUCAGAAAGUGACAAUGAAGCUCAUUCAGCCUUCACACAGACUGAGCACAACAUAGUUGCAGCUUACUUAAUAACAGCAGGUGUUAUAAGCAUUUUCAGUAACAUUGUUGUGUUAGGCAUCUUUGUUAAGUACAAGGAGCUUCGGACAGCAACCAACGCGAUUAUUAUCAACUUGGCUUUUACUGAUAUUGGUGUUAGUGGCAUUGGUUACCCCAUGUCUGCUGCCUCAGACCUGCAUGGAAGCUGGAAAUUUGGAUAUACCGGAUGCCAGAUCUAUGCUGCCUUAAAUAUCUUUUUUGGGAUGGCGAGUAUUGGUUUGCUGACUGUUGUUGCUGUUGAUCGUUACCUGACCAUCUGCAGGCCUGACAUAGGAAGAAGAAUGACCACCCGUAGCUAUGCCACUCUCAUCCUUGCUGCUUGGAUAAAUGCAGUUUUCUGGUCUUCCAUGCCUACUGCAGGCUGGGCCAGCUACGCUCCAGACCCCACUGGAGCAACGUGCACAGUAAACUGGAGGAAAAACGAUGCGUCCUUUAUUUCCUACACAAUGAGUGUAAUUGCUGUUAAUUUUGUUGUGCCCUUAACAGUCAUGUUUUACUGUUAUUACAAUGUUUCCCGGACAAUGAAACAAUAUGCCAGCAGUAACUGCCUGGAGAGCAUUAACAUAGAUUGGUCUGACCAAGUAGAUGUGACAAAGAUGUCUGUUGUGAUGAUUAUAAUGUUCUUGGUGGCAUGGUCUCCAUAUUCUAUUGUGUGUUUGUGGUCUUCCUUUGGAGACCCAAAGAAAAUUUCUCCUGCGAUGGCCAUCGUAGCUCCUCUCUUCGCAAAAUCUUCCACAUUCUAUAAUCCCUGCAUUUAUGUCAUUGCAAACAAAAAGUUUCGGAGGGCAAUCCUGGCAAUGGUGCGAUGUCAGACCAGACAAGAGAUAACCAUAAACAAUGCUUUGCCCAUGAGUGUAUCUCAAAGUGCACUGACAUCGCAGAACUCCAGUCAUUUGCCUGCAUAAGUUACAUGGAAAGGAGUGGAAUCUGGGUUCAAGUUAAUGAAUCUUUUGGACAAUUUAUUUUUGAAUAAUAAUCUUUCCCAGCUAGCUGUUUUGUGUUAGUCACAGUAAUCUUUUUAGAGAAGUUAAGAAGACAAAACCUGCCAAGACUUUAGUUUUUGAGAGUGAGGUUUAUGGUCCAGUAUUUCUGUCACAAACGAAAAGGGGUAGCAGAGUGGCCACUGACUUUUACAGAGUUAUACAAAGUGACAGAGGGGCUAGGAAAGACCAAAGCACGAAGUUCUUAGGUUCAGUAACCCCAGAUUUUUCAAAUGUAUUAAUGCCUUUCAUGAAGUACUUUCCACCAGCUUCCCUUGGAAGUUUUCCAGACUUCAAAUAUUCUGGAUAUUCCCUAUGGCUCUAUAUGUCCAUACCAAGUGUCCAUGUCGAUAAGCUUUGCAAAGUUCUAUUUCUGUGAAUAUGUUAGGGUGUCACAAUAUCAACACUGACCCCAUAGAAUCUUUUAUUAGGUUUUAGGAUUUUGAAGGCAUUACAGCAUAUUUAAAGUAUUUUAAAAAUUUGACUGGCAGAACCAAAUUAAUUUGUAGUAAGGACAACUUUUGUUUUGUAAGUAGAUGUUUCUAGUGGUUGUGACUGCACAGCAAAUCCUGAAAAUGUGACAAAAUGUACCCUAAAGCUUCACACUUGUGAGGCACAUAAAACUGAGUAAAUAUUUAUGGUAAUUUCUCAUCACUUCUAAGUCAAUGUUAUGUUUAUAUAGGUCUGGUGUUUAAUUUUAAAGAAAUACUUUUGUCGGUAUGAGCAAUGGAUUUUUUCAGGGUGAAAAAGAUGACUGUAUAGGUUUAGCUUCAACUAUUAUGUGUGUGCUCAUAUGCAGUUUGGCUUUGCAGUGUAAAAUUUGUUUGAAGUCUAUAUGUAUUUUUGGCAAAACCCUGUUUUUACGGGAUUUUUUAAAAGCUCUGGAAUCUAGGCUUCCUAUUAAUUUGCCAUUUUCAGUAUUAAAGAAAAUGCCAUGCAAUAUC